AUGGCUGUUGAGUCCAACGCUGAAAAUCUCUCAGAGGGCUGUGGCUUCGACGAUGUCACGGACUUGCUCUAUGCCCUGGAGCCGUGGAGCUCCAAGUUUCCGCGCCAGUGCGUUGUGCAGCUGCAAGGCUGGCUCUGUGCAUCGGUCUCCUCCACAAAGCCGGGGAAGUUGUUGGAACUGCUGCAUACCUUAUCCAUGUCUCGCGGAGCCACGGAGUACUGCAGUUCCUUGGUGACAGAGCUACGAUGCAUUGAAGACAUGGGAACAGAUUGA